CGGGAGUUCAAAACAGACUGACUCCGACAUAGCUCAAGUUCACCGCGUUUCAUUCGAUUUUUCUCUACGCGCACCGCUGUUUUCAAUGGAAACAUUGUCGUGACUCGAGUCAAAGUGGAAUUCAGUACAAUUUUCCACCUAUGACCUCAGAUGCAUCGAUCUAAUCGGGUGUCGUGAUCUUCGUUUUGCGCCAAUGUGAGCCGUAGUUCAAGUUGCUACGAACUUAUUUAACUUAAUACAACCGCAUGGCUGAGCUACAGGGGCACGAGAAACGACUAUGUCAAAAUGGGAUUGUACAACCUCUACUUACAGAUUUAUACCAAAUCACCAUGGCCUACGCAUACUGGAAAUCAGGGAAAACGAAAGAUCAUGCUGUUUUUGACCUAUUUUUCCGCAAAAACCCCUUUCAAGGAGAAUUCACCAUAUUCGCAGGAUUGGAAGAAUGUUUGAAGUUUCUAAACAAAUUCCAUUACUCUGCUAGUGAUAUUGAAUACCUCAGGGACACUUUACCAGCAAGUACAGAAGAAGAAUUCUUUGAAUAUCUCAAAACUGUGAAUGCUACUGGUAUUAGACUGUACGCGAUGCCUGAAGGCUACGUAUCGUUCCCUAGAUUGCCCUUGAUGAGAAUUGAAGGUCCACUGAUAGUUGUACAAUUAUUAGAAACUACCCUUCUCACUUUAGUCAACUAUGCUAGUUUGAUGGCUACAAAUGCUGCAAGGUACAGGAUAGCAGCUGGUAACAUGAAACUCUUCGAAUUUGGUCUUAGAAGAGCCCAAGGUCCUGAUGGUGGACUAUCAGCUUCAAAAUAUGCGUAUAUGGGUGGUUUUGAUGGUACCAGCAACGUGCUAGCAGGCAAGCUUUUCAACAUUCCAGUAAAAGGCACUCAUGCACAUGCCUAUAUAACCUCAUUCAGCGAUUUCUCAGAGUUACGCAAUACCUAUUUGGAACCGAAAGGCGGAGGCAAACCACGAGACUUGCUACAGUUGACCCUCAGCUGGAGGAACAAGAUUCUUCCUUUAUUUAACUUUACCUCAAUAGAAGCUAGCGAGGGUGAAUUGGCAGCCUUGGUUUCAUUUGCAAUAGCUUUUCCAGAUGGUUUUAUGGCUUUGGUCGAUACCUACGAAGUUCAGAGGAGUGGUCUGUUGAACUUCUGUUCAGUAGCUCUAGCUCUGAAUGACUUGGGGUACAGAGCUAUAGGAAUACGACUAGAUAGCGGAGAUCUAGCCUACCUCUCAACAGUAGCAAGAAGACAUUUCACAGAUAUCAGCAUAAAAUACAAUUUGCCUUGGUUUGAAACAAUGUUGAUCAUGGCUUCAAAUGAUAUAAAUGAAGAAACUAUACUCAGCUUGAAUGAACAGGGCCAUAAAAUAAACUGUUUCGGUAUUGGGACUCAUUUAGUUACUUGUCAAAAGCAACCUGCGCUUGGAUGUGUCUACAAGAUGGUCGAGCUGAAUGGCUAUCCAAGGAUGAAGCUAAGUCAAGAUGUGGGAAAGGUAACCAUGCCAGGUAAAAAAGAUCCAUACAGACUUUACAGUGAGACUGGGGAUGCCCUAGUUGAUUUAAUCCAAAGAUCGUCAGAGGAACCUCCGCAAGUGAAUGAGAAGGUGCUCUGCAGACACCCCUUCGAAGAGUCCAAGCGAGCUUAUGUUACUCCGUCCAAAGUUGAGAAACUGCUAACACUAUAUUGGGAAAAUGGGAACAUUUGUCAGGACUUACCGAAUCUUCAACAAAUCAAAGAGAGAGUGAAACAUUCUUUGAAGACUUUGAGAACAGAUAUCAAACGAAACUUGAAUCCCACUCCUUUCAAGGUCGCUGUUAGUGAUGGCUUAUACACAUUCCUACAUGACCUGUGGCUCAAAAACGCACCAAUAGGAGAAUUGUCGUAACCACUUGAACAGGAGAAUCAAAUACUGAGGUAAUGUAAAAGAAGAUAGCAGCAAAACACAUAGCGGCGUCUCUAUGAAUACGGCCAUAUCAGAAUAUAGUAGAUCCUUUUAACAUUUGUCUGGCUUUGAAAAAAAAAGCUCAAGAACCUUAUCAGUUAUUAAUCUGACGCUUGAUGCGAAGUGUUUUUCCACAUAUGUGAUUGACCUCCAUUUUGUUAUUGAUUCAAGUAAAUAUGAAAAAAGGCUAAAAAAUAUAUUUUGAGUGCCUAUAACGCGUACAACGAAAAUAAUUUUAAGAGAAUCUUGCAUACUCCUGACUGCUUCAGUUUUGAAAAAUAGCCACAACCCGUAAUACAAAUUGUCACUCAAGGAUACAAAAUAUAUUCAAAACAGAUACAUAAAAACUCAAGAAUAUAAUUUUAAUUGAUAUCAGGGGUAUGCAAGGUUCUUGCGAAUUAUUUUAUUUAAUAAUAAUUCUCAGCAAUUUAUGCACGUGUAAUGUACCUAAAUAUUCUGAGAUGAAGGUCGACAGAAGCAAUUAUAUGGAAUCAAAAUACCUUUAUUUUUUUGUAAUCAAUGUGCACAAUAUGCGAUAAGUUUUAGUACAAAUUAGUUACGCUUUAAUGUAUUAUUUGGUUAUUAAAUAUAUAUUUUUAGGUAUCAAGAAGUGUUUGCAAAAUAUUGAUAUAAUGCUCAACCAAAUAAAAUUUUUGUAUAAAAUAUAACACCUCAAGCCUCAACCCUUGUUUUCUAUGACGACAGUAUGCAGCGUUUUAUUUGGCCUUAUCGUCGUCUUGAAUUGUUCAGGAAUUGGUAUUUCAGUCUAAAACAAACAAGAAAAAUUUCAAAAAUAACAGUUUUUUGCAUCCCCAAUAUAUCCACAAUGAAAUUAAAUACAUCCAUUUUUUCAUCUUAAACCUUUAUGGAAUGUUGUAAGAGUUAUGUAUUAAAAAUGAUACCACUUUUUUCUGGAACGAAUAAAUUGUUCAUAUGGUGGUGCCAGAUGGAUCGAACAGAAUUUUCCCAGAACAAGCACAAAAAUCCCUCAGAAUUGCUACCUACUUUAAAAAAAUACCCCGAAUCCCAGUUAAUUAAUUGAUAAGGGUAGGUUUGGUUCAAAGAGCCGGGGUAUGCUUUCUAUCAGCGACAUGUGUGAUUUUCCCCAGAACAUUAUAUCCCCACAAAAUCCCCCCCAAGUAAAAAUCCCCAAAUUUGAGUGAAAAUCCGCCAAUAUGGCAACCCUGUCAAAGCAGCACUGGCACUGCGGGUGUCAAGUUUCAUUGUAAUUCUUACAGCACAAACAGCAUCGUCCUAGUUUCUACUGGUAUAAAGGCUUCAGGGUUGCCAGAUGGAUCAGACAGAAUUUCCCCAGAACAACAUGUGAUUUAUAACUUUAUAAAACAUAAGUUUUUUGUAAUAUAAAUACCCUGUAAUACAAGGUCAGCAAAUCGGUGUAACACCACAUAGAAGAUGAUCAUCUAGUACUUUCUCUCUAAACACGUGUGAGACAAGUAUAGCUAAAUCUACC